CCGGCUCCCUCCCCUCCGCGGGCCCCACAGCCCCUCGCCGCCCCCGCGGGGGGAGGGAGGGCCGCUGCUGGGCACCGCCACAGUACCGACCCGCCCGGGUCACCGCCACUGCACCUUUGGCGCCCAUUCCUGAGGUUCUCUAAUGAUCUUGUUUCACCAUGGCAACCAAUAUGGAGGUGCUGGCUCAGCAGGUAGUGGAGACUCAGCAGGUGGCUGAGGAAAUGCACCGUGGUAACAUAGUGUGAUGGUUGUAUCUUGCCACUGGAGAGAUCGCUCCAUCUCAAGAGUGUAUGAAGCUCUGUGAUUUCUUCCUGGCCGGUAUCUUUGUUUUCUGCAGCUGAAUGCUUUGAAUCAUCCAAUAAUUAGAAGAUUCUGCUAUUUGUACAUCUUUCCUGUGCAUUUUCCUCAUUUAACAUGCAACUUUUGUGACCUGUGUAGUAAAGAUAAAUAGAGAUGGUGCAGACUGUUCAGACUUCACUAUCUGAAUCUCCAGUGAUGACCAGCCCUUCCCAGCGUAUCCAGAUAAUUUCCACAGAUGCCUCUGUAGCUUCACAACAACGCAUUCAGAUUGUGACAGAUCAGCAAACAGGUCAGAAAAUUCAAAUAGUGACAGCAGUGGAUUCCGCUGUGUCUCCAAAGCAACAGUUUAUUUUAGCCAGUCCAGAUGGAACUGGUGCCGGAAAGGUGAUACUGGCAGCACCUGAGGCAUCUAAUGCCAAACAGCUUAUCUUUACCACCACGGACAACAUUGUGCCAGGCAGAAUUCAGAUAGUGACAGACUCUGCUUCAGUGGAACGUUUGCUGGGAAAAACUGAUGUUCAGCGGCCCCAGGUAGUAGAAUAUUGUGUAGUCUGUGGCGAUAAAGCAUCAGGUCGUCACUAUGGUGCUGUCAGUUGUGAAGGAUGCAAAGGUUUCUUUAAAAGAAGUGUAAGGAAGAAUUUGACCUACAGUUGUCGUAGCAACCAGGACUGUAUCAUCAAUAAACACCAUCGGAACCGCUGCCAGUUUUGUAGGCUUAAGAAAUGUCUAGAGAUGGGCAUGAAAAUGGAAUCGGUUCAAAGUGAAAGAAAGCCUUUUGAUGUGCAACGUGAAAAACCAACCAACUGUGCAGCUUCUACUGAAAAAAUCUAUAUAAGAAAGGAUCUGCGAAGCCCUCUUAUAGCAACUCCAACAUUUGUGGCAGAUAAAGAUGGGACACGGUCAGCAGGUCUUCUUGAUCCUGGAAUGCUUGUGAACAUUCAGCAGCCUUUGAUCAGGGAUGAUGGUACAGUCCUCCUAGCUGCUGACUCCAAGGCUGAAACAAGCCAGGGUGCUUUAGGAACACUAGCUAAUGUUGUAACAUCUCUUGCUAAUCUCAGUGAGUCACUGAAUAAUGGAGAUACUUCUGAAGUUCAGCAAGAAGAGCAAUCCGCAAGUGAGAUUACACGGGCAUUUGAUACUUUGGCUAAAGCACUUAAUACCACAGAUGGUACAGCAGCUCAUACCUUGGCAGAUGGGAUGGAUCCUACAGGAGGAGGGAAUAUUCAUGUAAUCAGUAGAGAUCAGUCAACACCAAUUAUUGAAGUGGAAGGGCCCCUGCUUACAGAUACACAUGUCACAUUUAAGCUGACAAUGCCCAGUCCAAUGCCGGAGUACCUUAAUGUGCACUACAUCUGUGAGUCAGCAUCACGACUCCUUUUCCUGUCUAUGCACUGGGCUAGGUCCAUACCUGCAUUUCAAGCUCUUGGGCAAGACUGUAAUACAAGCCUUGUGCGUGCCUGCUGGAACGAACUGUUUACCUUAGGCCUGGCACAGUGCGCACAGGUGAUGAGUCUGUCUACCAUCCUGGGAGCUAUUGUCAACCACCUCCAGAACAGCAUACAAGAAGAUAAACUUUCUGGAGACAGAAUUAAGCAAGUCAUGGAACACAUCUGGAAACUUCAGGAAUUCUGUAACAGCAUGGCCAAGCUUGAUAUUGAUGGAUAUGAAUAUGCAUACCUUAAAGCUAUAGUCCUUUUUAGCCCUGAUCAUCCUGGUCUGACCAGUUCAACCCAAAUAGAAAAAUUCCAGGAGAAGGCACAGAUGGAAUUGCAGGACUAUGUACAAAAAACCUAUCCAGAAGAUACUUAUAGGCUAGCCCGGAUCCUAGUUCGCCUGCCAGCACUUAGGCUGAUGAGCUCUAGCAUUACCGAGGAACUGUUUUUUACUGGUCUCAUUGGAAAUGUUCCCAUUGACAGCAUAAUCCCCUACAUUCUCAAAAUGGAAACAGCAGAGUAUAAUGGUCAAAUAACUGGCACAUCUCCAUAGUGGGAACAAUGCAAUUCCACGGAUACAAGUAAUUUUUGUAAAAAACAUAUAAUUAUGAAGUUAAAAGAAUAGCAUUUUGGUUUGUGCAGAUAAUUCCAACUUGUUAUCAGUUUCCUGAACAGAUUUCUCCUUGUCUGUUUCCUGAUGUUGACAAAAUUUAAGCAGCUAUUAAAAGACCUGCUAUAGGACCUUUUCUGCCACAAGGAAUGUUUUUGCUGCCUUUCAUUUAAAAGGCUAUAGAUUACUGAACAUACUUUUCACAUGCUUUGUAUUUAGAAAUUAUCAGUGGUUAAAAAGAGUUUUAUAAUAUCAGAGAUUAGUAAUAAAAUUACUUUAAAAAUAAAAAGAACAGUAUGUAUAUAUUUAAAAAUAUCCUUGGAAUUAAUGUCUAGUAAAUGCCGGGUAUAAUACUAGCACUUUGUAGUCAUUUCUUCUCAAAGUGACAGCAUCAUCAACAUCCUGCUUAUAAGUAUGGAAAAUGAAAAAAAUGCUUAUGUCCUUAGUCAAAAUGCCAGUGAUUUUUGUGAAAAUGUAGAAUGCUACAGGAGACAAUCAUUUAUCUACAAAGAGUCACUUGCUCUUAUGUUAUGCAUGAAGUAUUAAUGUGGAUUCUUAAAUCAGAUAUCCACAUUAUAUGAAACUAUAAACUGUUAAAUUAGUGCAGUUGUAAUUUAUAGUACAAUGCAGUCAUAGUACCUAUUAUGUGCUACAGGAAUUACCCCACACCACAGUAAUGAUGAAAUACUCAGGUUCCUUAAAGUGUAUAUUCAGACCAACACAGUCAUGACAAAUGUUAUUCUAAACUGAAGCCUUUUGACUGUGGGGAAAAUCAGUCAUUAACUGGAAGAAAAAUAAUUUUCAAUUAGAGCUGUGUGAUGCUUUUUGAGUAUGCUCUUUGUAUUUCCAAAUUUACUCCUUCUUUCUGUACUCCUGAAUGCCCUCAUCAUCCAGCCACAGGUACAAUUUAAAACCUGAGAUGUGUAGAACCUGUGGCUGUCAGCAAGAAUAUAUUACAAAGCUCUCUUACUUUAUUAACUCCUCACCUCUUUCUCCCUCCCUCACUGAGCACUGCCAGUUUUGCAGUGCUCUCGACCUUCCUGUGACUCAGUUUCAAACCAAAAUACAGUUAGGAUUUACUCUCAGUCAUGUACAAUUGCAGUUAAUGACUGAUAUACCAUGGAGUUAUAAAAUGGACUACUUUUUAAUUUUCUCGAGUGAUGAGCCAUCAACAUGUUUUCUAGGAUUGGUCAUUAGCUGCUAGCAUAGCUUUCAUUUUAGUAUAGUUUAUUAUUAUGAAGUUCAAGUAUUUUAAUAUAAGUUUUUUUAAAAAUGUCAUGGCAAUUAAUACCUUCAUCUGAUCCUGGCUCAUUAGAUUCGUCAGUUAUUUUAUUUGUAUUGUAGAGGCAUGUUUACUUUUGUAGUUUUAUGUGACAGAAAUCUCAUGAUACGUUCAGCACUUUUGUUUUUCUUCUGUUACUCAUAUUUAUUUAGAAACAUCACCCAGGUUGGUGUUUGUGUCUUUUCAGAGUCUGAAUUGGAGCCAAAAGAUCUUAAGCAGCUCUAAAUGAGUCUUCUGAAGUAAUAAAAAGUCCUGACCUGGUAUACUUCAUGCUCAUCCGGGGGCUCACAUUUGUAGCACUCACUGGAACAGAAGGCUAUUUAAUUUUAGCUUCUGGAUGUAUUAAUGUCUUUUACAGUUACCAUUGUUAGUGCAUUCAGAGUCUUCUCAGAAGGGUGUUACAAAUAGUCCAGUAUACGUGCAGAGAUUUGUAAUAUUGCACUUUUAUUUCUCUUGGCUUUUGCUAUAGCAAAUAAAAUUGUCGUGUUAUUAAUGUGAUGGAAAAUCUGUCCUCUGCAUGUGAAGUUAGCUGGACUGCAGAAUUGAGUACCAACCAUUUGAUUGUAGUGUCCCUGCUGGUGGGAUUGUGUCAGAACUUCUGAUGUACAGUCCCUGUGUUAAGGGUACACAGCUUAAAAAUCAAUGGUGAUAUUAACAUCAGAAGUAGUACCUGCCUUGGAAGGAGUUGGGGCUGUUUUUGUUAAAAAACAGGUCAUGUCAUUGUUCUAAAAGCAGAAUGCAUUGAACUAUUGUGACAUUUUUCAUUGCAAAAAAGGAGAUAAUGGAGUUUGAUUUUCUUUCAGUAUUUCAUAAAAAUCAUUUAAGCAGAUAAGUAAGCAUUGUUAAUGGCAAAUUAAAUAUUCUUUAGCACAAAAAUUAGCCAUCAGAAUAUUUGUUUUUAAAUCUAAACACACACCAGAUGGCUUCGUCUUUACAAACAUCAUUUCAACUUCUGAUUUUUCACGUAAAAGGGCCCCAUUUUCUAUACAAAAACAUUUUCCUAAUUUCUGUUACUUGUGCUGUGAUCAUAACAGUUCAGCAAACAAAGGCAGUACAAUUUUUGGGGGAACAGAGGGAUCACAUGAAAUAAAAUUUAAAAUAUAUGCCUUGCAUUGCAUUUGUAAACCAAAAUGGUAAGUAUCAUGCAGCUCUGUUUACAAAUAAAGUAUACUCCCCACAAAUGCAAGUCCACAUAAUGAUCUCCUUGGUCAAACGCUGGUAGUCACUUACUCCGCGAAUAGUUCCCUGCUUGUUAGGGAUAAAAUAUUAAUUUUUGUAAAUUGAGUAACAACCAUGCAGUCAUAGGUAGGUUUUAUUUAUUGUGCAUGCAUUUAAUAGUGUUUGCUGCUGUUUGAGGGAACCUCCUGUGUUUCAGUCUGUGGCCACUGCCUCUGGUCCUGUCACUGGGCACCCCUGAGAAGAGCCUGGCUCCAUCUUCUUUGUACCCUCCAGCUACUUGUAGACAUAGAUGAGGUCCUCCCUGAGCCUUCUCCAGGUUGAACAGUCCCAGCAUUCUCAGCCUUUCUUCACAGGAGAGAUGCUCCAGUCCCUUAUCAUCAUUUUUUUGAACUCUUGGCAGCAGUGUGUCUCUAUCGCUCUUGUACAGACACAGCACUCCAGGUGUGGCCCCACCAGUACUGAGUAGAGGGGGAGGAUCCCCUCCCUCAACCUGGUGGCAAUGUUUUUUGCCUGAUGCAGCUCAGGACACCAUUAGCCUUCAGCAGAGCAAGGGAGCAUUUCUGACUCAUGUUGAGUUUGGUGUCCCCUGGGUCCUGCAGGUCCUUUUCUGCUGACCUGCUUUCCAACAUAUGUGGGUUCCUGGGCUUGUUCCUUACCAGAGAUAGGACUUUGUGCUUCCCCUUUUUGAAUUUCCUGAGGUUCCUGUCAGCCAAUUUCUCCAGCCUGUCGCGAUGCCUCUUGGUGGCAGCGGGACCUGGUGGUGCAUUAAGCAGUGGAGCUGCUAAUCUAAUGGUGAUCUGGGUGUUAUGUAGCAGUGGAGCUAUUUUAGCUUGCUCAAAGAAAUCUUUUCCUUCAUAUCUAUCAGAAGAUAGAUCUUCAAAAGGCACAGAACUGAUGAAGGAAUUCUUUCUGCCAACAGUAUAGUCAUUUUUUGGUAGCCAUAGAAAAGGCAAAUCUGAGGAAAUUGAGCCUCAGUCGUUUGGGCUCUAUGUAUUAACCUUCAACAUUAUUUUCAGCCUCUUCUGGUGAUUGCACUUUUGGGCUGCUCUGACAUAAGGUAGAACAGUGCACACAGUACAUCUGCAGGCAAGUUUUACACUGUCUCUGCACAAAGUACUACAAGGCUGAUGUAGUUCUUGUAAUUUCUGAGCUUUGUUUCAUCUCUUCUACAGUGACUGGAAGAUGGUAACAGGCUAAUCUUAGUAGCUUCACUUUUAAAUUAAUUAGUUUUAUUUUGUUUCUCCUUUGAAAGGGCAAACAUUUCCUUAUGGAUAUGGAACAGGAGAGUUUUUUAUUAUUGUAACAAUUAUUGAAAAACUGUUUCUUGAUUAUUAAAUAUAGAAAUAACUUGUUUUCCUAGAGGCCAAAUUUAAAUGCCAAACUUGUAUUUGUAAAACUUGGAGUCAAAGGAUCACAGCUGCAAAGUGAUUCUAAGAAAAGUUCAUCUCACUGAAGCUCUAGUUAGUGCCUAAAAAUCACUUUCUCCAGAAUUUUUGAGGUCCUGUUUCUGCAACUCUUGAAAUGAAAAUAUUUUAACUUGGUAGAAGUACAGUGAUAAACUAUCUGAUUAGAUUUAUCUGAACUUGAGCAAAUGUGUAUAUUAGUCAUAAUUCAUUCAGACAAAUGGUAAAAUUCUGUGGUGACUGAAACUGCGACAUUCAGAGAAUGAUAAUGAGGCAAUAAUGUUCACUGUGUGCUUCAUUUGUUUUCCAACUCUUAUGAGAAGGAACUGGAUUUGCAUCUUGUAGGUAAAAAGCAUUUUGGGCUAGCUUUAUAAUACUGAUUUUUAUUGCAUUUGUGACAAGUGCAAGAAGGUGUAGUACUUUUCUUCCCUUUAUUUACUUACAUUGGACUAGAGAAACACACAACUAACACCAUGUGUAAAAGUCAUCUUUCUCUGCCUAUUUACAUUUUUUAUAAAUUAGCUGCAAUGCUUUUGGUGUCAGUGGAGUUACUCUGGCAUGAAACUGGUAAAAGAAGAAAAAAUUAUCUUGAGGGAGAAAUCCUUCUAAGGGAUCAUGUAAGCCUUUGUUUUAGCUGCCUUAAAAUGUUAGAUUAUUAGAGAGGCCUAGUUUUCAGAGCACUCUGGGGCAAGAAAGUACUUUUGGUCUCCACUGAUUACGUGGUGUCAUUUACCAAGUCUCCUUUUACCAUCUUCUGAAGACCCUGGCCCCCCAGGCAGCCACACUGGCUCCACUGGAGAGCUCUGACUCAAGGUCUCUGCAGAAUGCAGCUGGCUCUGCAUUGCCAUUCCAGUCCCCUUUGUCAAAGGCACAUUCUGAGGCUGUGACAGAGAAACCAAGUCAGGACUGAAGCUUCCAGGUGAAAGUAGUUUCCUGACUCUUGUUUCUCUUUUGACAGAAACUGUAAAACACUUCUGUGGUUUUUUUAUUGUUGCAUAUAGUAGACAAGAGUCACAGAUUCCUGAAUGAUUUCAGCUGUGAUAUUGCAUGUGUCAGUAGAUUUACCUGCCUAUUAAAAUUAAGACAAUAGUUAGGAUUCUUCCCUGAUCACCUGCUGUUUAACUAGUAAGAUAAUUUAAAAAAAAAAGGGGGGGGCACCAAAUAGCAUGAGUAGCAAAUGGUAUUGGGAAUGCAGUUUAGCCAGGAAGAUGGAAGUGGAAAUUACUGUGCUGAGGAUACUGCCCAAGCAGUGCCAAAGCAGCUUCCUCCACUAACAACACCAGGCAGGGCCCUGUUGGAAUCAGAUGGUGUGAGCAGUGGAACUGGCAGGUCAGUCAGACAUGCAGCACAGGUGUACUAGCAGAUACCUACUGGAUGAUAUCUUGAAAAGAAAAAAAAAAUGCUGAUUUUUCCAUUUGAAAUCCCUCUCUUCCCCUCCAGUUACUCUUUAGAGUGCAAAACCAGGGUAGGUUGGGGUUUUUUUCACCUACUCUUGUCCCUAGGAGAAAAAGCAGAAAUGCCAGCAAACACAGGUAGGUUCCCAUCUGUCUCCGGGCUUUGCCACACUGUCCCACACAGCCACAGAAGAGCUUUUGUAGCUGUGAGAGGAGCACACAACAGCUGCAGUCCUGCUGAGGCCAUGGUCACCCUAGGGAGAAGAGAGAUGAGCAGAGGACAGAUUGCCAGCAUCUGCUCGAUCUUGAGUGACAGAAAAUUAGUUUAAAAAUCAGCUUUAUAUGAAAAAAGUUACUAAGAGGGCAUGGCACAGGGAAGAAAAUGAAAACAUUUACUUUUUGCACCUUUUAAUUCUGAAGUUGCUGAGUCAUUUUAACAGUAAAUAUUCCUGAACUAAGUUCAGGUUUAUUGUUUGAUGAAAAAUGUCAUUAACCCCUCUUCUGUUAGAUAGUUCUACAACCUUGCUUCAGUUGCAAUCAGUGUUAUCAACAUUAUAGUGGGAAUUAUUUUUGAAAAAAACUUAAAGCUUUAUUUAUAAUGAGGUUGCACGUUAAAGUAAAUUUUUUUGCAAACUUUAGAUACUCUAAAUAUAUUGGACUUGGAAAACAUCAAAGCCCAGAAAUACCUUAUUACUGAGUUUUUUGUUGGGAAGUCAUGCUAAGUUCAUCACAGGUAAUACUGUCAUAAUGUUCCAUAAUUCCCACAGCUGUUCUAUGCUCUAAGUUAGAUGAAUGCUUUGAACAUUGCUUAUUAUUGUUAAAUUCAUGCCUAUCUCCUUUCUUUUUAAAGGGUUUCAUAGAGUUGUAUGUCUUUAUUUUGUGCCUCCCACCAUUGUGCAUUUCUGCAUGUUCAGUUGUAAAACUCACUCGAGCAGCUGAUGCAUAUGUACAUAGCUGUAUGUAUGUGUGUAUGAAUGUAUAUGUUUAUACCUCUGCCUGAAUAUAUUCUGUACAGUGUAUAGAACCCCCCUAGUUUGUGUAUAUAUGUACAGAUGUGGAGCCACUAUUCAUCCAUUCUAUGUGCUAACGCUUUUCAUUCACUUGCUAAUCCAGAGCUUCCUUGCUUGCUUGCUUGCAUUUCUUAGCCCAAACUAAACUUAUCAUCAAAGCAAAUGAAUCCUCCUGAAUUUCAGAGCUUUGCAGAUUUUUUCUAAGCCAGUCUGAAUUCAGUAUCUUCUGCUCAGAACUGACAAAGGUAUUUCAUGAAUUUUCUGGCUUUUACCUUUUCUCAUUUGACCUGUAGAAGCCUCUGAGUGAAUAGUUAAUUGAGCAUAUAAUGGCUGUUAAUAAAUAACUACAGUCAUAGAAAAUACUUCUCUGCUUUCAAUCCGUACUCCUUCUCUUUCAGCCUCCUGAGACACUCUCUUGUAAAGUUGCAUUUUGCAAUGAAGCUUGGUAAGAGAUUGAUACUUUUUUAAGCCUUUGGCAAAUUGAAACCAAAUCAACUUUCCAUUUAUCAUUGAACUGUAGCACACAGAACAGGAGACAGUGAAUGCUGUUUAACAAAUCAAUAUUCAUAUUGCCAUAGUGAUCACAUGAAACCAACCUGUGAGUUAAAUACAGACUCUGUUCAGUGAAACAGGAGCUCUGGGACAGUGGUAAUUAAAUAGGAGAGACAUUGUAGGUAGUUUAUUGCUUAGCAAGCACUAAAACUUAUUCAGGAUUUUGACAGUGAACUUCAAUUGUAUACUCACUUUUCAAAGCUAUUCUCUUUAUUUUCCAGCUUACACUAAACAAAACUUGAUUUAAUUGUCAGAGUAAUGUCCACGGCCUUGUUCUGUCCUUUGCUCGGCCUGGAAUCUGCUCAGCUCCUGCACUGCAUGUGACAUUCCCCCUGUCCAUGUGGGACCUGAGCACACAGUUGUGAAAUGAGUUGUGCAGUAAGACAGUUUAUUAUUCAUAAGGAGAAUUCAAACAUUUACAUUAUCAAAAUAUAAAUACUUCUGAUGAAGUUACAAAGGGAGCCUUCUGUAAAGUAAAUGUAUUAACUGUGGGGUUUAAAAAAGCAUUUCACAAACCAUAUAUGGAGUUCAGCAAGUCUUGGUUUUGUCAUAUUAAAAAGGUGAUGCAGACUUUUCUGGGCAUUUCUUUCCACUUCCUGUACUCCAUGUGGCAAAGACUUGUGUAUGUUUAGGCAGAUAAGCAGACACCAGUCAAAAUAAUGUGAGCUUCUUGCAUGCUUACAUUAUUUUAUAAAGUGAACCGCAAGUCUGAGUCAGGCUUUGUGCUUGAAAGGUCUUUGCUGUGGAAAAUGUUAAGAACGUUCUCUUCUGUACUGGCAAUAAAUAUUUGUAAACUUUUGUUUCAAAUUAGAAAAAAAGGGUAAGGUUUCAAAACUGAAUUUUUGAGGUUUUCAGCAGGAAAAAUAUUUAAAUUAAUGGCAGGAAUUCCUGUGACAGAUGAUCCUUCAUUGGUCUGGACAAUUGGUGAUGUUUGAACUCUUGCUUUCCUCUUUAAAGGUGAAUGGAAACCUGAAUGUCUGUUAAUGUUGUACUGCAGGAACAGUUUUAAAGGUUAGGAAGCUAAUUGGGGUAUUAACUAAGAUUAUUAAAAAAUCAAAUUUUGAGUUCAGAAAAAAGUGCGUAUUUUAAAAUUGUCAGAUUGUUUUAUAUCCACAUUUGAAUUGUUUGGAUUCUGAAAGAUGAAAUGUUCUCAAAAGUAGUGGCAAUAAAGGCUCUGUGAUAAUAAAGCACAGGUCCAUUUAAAGAUUAUUUUUGAUGAUCCUAAGUUAAAAGUAGGACUGAGUAAAUUUCAAACAAAAAGAACAGUCUUUAAGAAGACAACAUUUUACCUACAGACUGGAUGUGUUAAAUUUUUCAUAUAUGGAAUCAAUGUUAAAUGUUGGAAUAUUUUUAAUAAUUAUUCUGUGCUCUGAAGUACAUUACAAGCCAGUGUUGUUUCCUGACUGAAAACUGCACAUUGUUUUAUCUGUUUGGCAUACCAGGGAGUGCUGAGCUCCUACAAAAAGCAAAUUUUUAUAAAAGGAAGCAUCUACUUUUAAUUCCUUGAAAUAUUUUCUGGAUAUCUUGGCUCAUUACAAUUUAGAAAACUAAUGUUUAUGUUAUUUUAUUUUUAUUUCAAGUUAAAAACUUUGUAAAAGUUGUUAAUUUCUCACAGCUUCUGUGAAAUCAGCAUUGUUGUGUGUGAUAGCGUUUAAAAAUAAUGGCAUGUUCUUUUUUUAAUCUGAAUUUUAUAUCUAAUCAAUGUAUUCAGUCACAAAGAGGAAUUUGCAUUGUUGUGUUUGUAUAUAGAGUAUUGCAGUGCAUGAUUUAGCUUAUGCAUUUUAUUAAAUGCUGUUUAAAUGUGGCAUUAUAUUAUUGUGGUUAAUACUAGCAAAAUGAGGUUUAUACCAUUAAAGUGAAUUACACGUGUAACUGCA